AUGGCUCAGAAGAGCUUUCUGUCUUUCCUUGUUGCAAUGGGCAUCGUAGUGACCCUGGGUGAUGCAUACUGCUUUCAUAAAAUGAACAAGCCAGAUGAGCCUAAGGACGGCUGCAUGUUGCAUGGAAGGCUGUACCCCUUUGGGCUCACUGAGAGGACAGAAGAUUGCUUCAGUUGCCGCUGCAAUGCAGUUUCAAUGAGAUGCUGUUCCCUCUUUCAUACUCCUGUUGGUUAUGACAGGAAGAACUGUAAAGUCGUUUUCAACAAAGAAACCUGUAACUAUGAUGUGGUGCGGAAGAAUGACCCCUCAAAGGAGUGUGUGGUCUAUUCCAGUAUUGGCUAA